AUGUUGAUAAAUAUCUCUAUGUACUUUUUUUUAUUAUAUGUGAUUAAAUCACACUUUGAUUCUUUUUUUGGUUACAAGAAUAAUCCUUCGGUACAAUCUAUUGAAUCAGACAUAUUAUUAUACAAAUGUUCCAAUAUAAAAAAUAGAAUAUUAGAAGAAGAUAAUCCUGUUUGUGAUGAAUGGUCCGAAUGGACAAAUUGUUCAAAAACAUGCGAUGUUGGAAUAAAAAUGAGAGUCAAGAUGGAUAGCAAAAAAGAACAUUCUAGAGAAUGUUCCAAAAUUACUGAAACUACUUUAUGUAAGUUAAAAGAAUGCUCUGAAUCUGAUAAUCAAGGAAAUAAAUAUGAAACAAAACAUUACAAUGAAGAAAAAGAAACAAAGAAAAAAAUUUUAAGAAAAUAUCUUUUAAUUUUUGGUAUUAUUUCUUUUAUUAAUAUAUUAUUACUAAUAAUAUGUAUAAUUGUCUCACUAAAGAAAAAAAUUAUAUAA